GACGUCGUCGGAGGCGGAGCGAAGGGCGGGCCGGCAGCCGGCUUGGGGCGGUACUGAGCUGGGUCACGUAGCUCAGGUCCCUGGCUUGGGUCACACCGCGCUUUUCCCGGUCCUCCGGUCGUCGCUCGCCGUCCCUCCGCCACCAUGCCUAUGUUCAUUGUGAACACCAAUGUUCCCCGCGCCUCCGUGCCAGAGGGGUUUCUCUCCGAGCUCACCCAGCAGCUGGCGCAGGCCACCGGCAAGCCCGCACAGUACAUUGCAGUGCACGUGGUCCCGGAUCAGCUCAUGACUUUUAGCGGCACGAGCGACCCCUGCGCCCUCUGCAGCCUGCACAGCAUCGGCAAGAUCGGUGGCGCCCAGAACCGCAACUACAGCAAGCUGCUGUGCGGCCUGCUGUCCGAUCGCCUGCACAUCAGCCCGGACCGGGUCUACAUCAACUAUUACGACAUGAACGCAGCCAACGUGGGCUGGAACGGUUCCACCUUCGCUUGAGUCCUGGCCUCCUCACUUACCUGCACCGCUGUUCUUCGAGCCUCGCUGCACGAAGUAUUCUGUGUUUAUCCACCCGUAGCGAUGCCCAUCAUCCGGCCGGGGGAAAUAAAUGGUUUAAAGUGACCAUG